AUGUCAGCUGAGGGGUGGUUUGAGCCUUCCCAGUUUGGGACUUGGUGGGCAAUCCUGUCUACAAGCAUGAACUUGGCUGGAGGCUUGGGCCCCAUUGUCGCUGCUCUCGUGUCUCUGAACUACGACUGGCGCAUGACGCUGUCCUUUUCUGGCUUCAUCUGCGUGGUUGUCUCUUUUGUUUGCCUUGUCCUGAUUAAAAACGAGCCGUCGGAUGUCGGGCUACCCAACAUUGACCAAGGAGCCAAGAAAGGGAAGAAAGGUUCCUCCAGCGACAACAGCACUUUGACGGAGCUGCUGCUCUCACCAUACCUCUGGGUGCUCUCAACAGGCUACCUGGUCGUUUUUGGAGUGAAAACGUGCUGUACUGACUGGGGACAGCUCUUCCUGAUCCAGGAGAGGGGACAGUCCAUGCUUGUGGGUAGCUCCUACAUGAGUGCCUUGGAGAUUGGGGGCCUGGUGGGAAGCAUUGCUGCUGGAUACCUUUCUGACAGAGCAGUAGCAAGAGUGGGUCUGUCAAGCUACGGGAAUCCUCGGCACACACUGCUGCUUUCCAUGAUGGCCGGGAUGUGUGUGUCCAUGUUUCUCUUCCGCGUCACGGUCACCGGCGAUUCUCCCAAGGAAAGUCACUUCUGGACUGUAGCCUUGCAGCCUCUAGCUGACCUUACAGGCCUAAAAGAACAUGAGCUGUGGAUCCUGACUCUGGGAGCUGUGUUUGGGUUCUCCUCGUAUGGGCCGAUCGCCCUGUUCGGGGUUAUAGCCAACGAAAGUGCCCCUGCCAACCUGUGCGGCACCUCCCACGCCAUAGUGGCCCUCAUGGCCAACAUCGGGGGUUUUCUGGCUGGACUACCUUUCAGUACCAUUGCCAAGCACUACAGCUGGGCCACGGCCUUCUGGGUAGCCGAAAUCACCUGUAUCACCAGCACAGUGGCUUUCUUCCUACUGCGGAACAUCCGCACCAAGAUGGGCCGGAUUCCCAAGAAGGCUGACUGAGGGGAGGCUGCUUGGUGAAAAGGGUGCUCCCAUGCUGAUGCGAACGGUGCCUGGUUUUUGUUUAACUGGCCUAGGAGUGAGUUUACCUAUUGCUGCAACCUAGAUUAAAAUGUCUCAAUUUCUCGCCCACUGUCACGUGCCUGAGGGCACAAGGUUCCUGCUACUGAUCACUUUUUCCCUCAAGAUGUGAUAUUUCAGCUAGUUUACAUUUGCA